GUGGUAGCUGAAGGACUGAGAUGGGGAACUGAAGCUGGAAAUUAUUACCAGGAGAGUUGCUGUGUGAUUGGUGCAACUUAUCUGUUUCCUUUAUCAUAUGUUGCUGGUGCACUGAAACCCCUUGAGUUUCCAUCAUCUGAAUGUCUCAGUGGAACAAGUGAAGUCUGGCACAAGGUAAAGGAUGUGGCUGUUUAUUAUAGUGAUAUGUCUGCCCCAAGAAGUUGUGCAGUCAGAAGAACACGUGAGAAUAAAAAGAGCUGCGGAUCCAGAAGCAUUUAUGAGUAUUAAUGAACUCAUCAUGUACAGGGGCUACCCCAGCAAAGAGUAUGAAGUAGUGACAGAUGAUGGAUACGUUCUUAGUAUCAACAGAAUCCAGUAUGGCAUUAAAAACCAAGGAAACUCAGUUGUGAAACCCGUGGUGUUUCUCCAACAUGGCUUGCUAGGAGAUGGAAGCAACUGGGUCACCAACCUGGAGAACAACAGUCUGGGCUUUGUCCUUGCAGAUGCUGGCUAUGAUGUUUGGAUUGGAAACAGCAGAGGAAAUAUCUGGUCUAGAAGACACCAAAAUAUGUCUGUACAUCAAGAGGAGUUUUGGGCUUUCAGUUUUGAUGAGAUGGCCAAGUAUGAUCUACCAGCUGUUCUGAACUUUAUUCUGCAAACCACUGGACAACAACAGUUAUACUACAUCGGCUAUUCACAGGGUGCUGCAAUAGCAUUUAUAGCAUUUUCAACAAUGCCAGAGCUGGCUCAAAAGAUCAAAAUGUUUUUGGCCUUAGCUCCUGUAACUAGAAUUAAGUAUGCCAAAAGUCCUGCAAUGAAACUUAUGAGUCUUCCAGAAAAACUUCUCAGGGUUAUGCUUGGCAAAAAAGAAUUUCUUCGCCGGAACAAAUUACUGAAAAAAAUUGUUGUUCCACUGUGUAGCUACAGAUUAUUUUCUGGUGCCUGUGGAAAUAUCUUUUUCCUCCUGGGUGGCUAUAAUAUGGAAAAUAUGAAUAUGGACCGACUAGCGAUGUAUGUAGCCCAUUCACCUGCUGGAACAUCUUUACAGAACUUUCUUCACUGGUGCCAGAUGACCUUGACAAAAGACUUCAUGGCAUAUGACUACGGCUCCCAGGAAAAGAAUAUGCAGAAGUAUAAUCAGACAACUCCUCCUGUGUACAAGAUAGAAGAUAUAAAAAUACCAAUUGCAAUCUGGACUGGUGGGAAUGACUUAUUCAUUCAUUCAAAAGAUAUAGAUUUGUUACGCUCUAAAAUUAGUAAUCUUGUGUCUGAAAAUCAUAUUCCUGAAUGGCAACAUCUGGACUUCAUUUGGGGACUUGACGCCCCUGAGCGCAUGUAUGUGAAUAUCAUUGAGAUGAUGAAGAGAUAUGCAUAAUCCUAGAGUGGCUCCUGGAUCUUGACCAAUCAGCACAUAA